AAGACAUCGGUGGCUUAUGGUCGUUCCCGAUUUUCCACUCUCUGGGAGACAAAUCUAAUUGUUCACUCACUUUUUUUUUUUGUCUGUGUUCUUUCUGUAAGCUUGAGAAGCUUAGAUUCUUGUGUUGAUUGUCUUUCUUAAUUACGUUGUCGUUUUGAUUUCUAUGUUUCUCUUCCCCAACCGUUAGCUGCUUGUGCCGGAUCCGUUUUUUUCUGGUUGUAGAGGGAAGCAGAAGAGGUGUGAUGAAUGUUAAUGAGGACGGUGAGGGUUCUCGUUACCCAAUCACUGAUCAGAAAACUGUAGAGACUAAAGAGAGGCAUCAGGGAGAAGAUAAAGUCAAUGAAAUCACUAUGGAUGUUAGAAACGGGAGUGCUGGGGCUGGGCAUGGCUCAGGUGGACUGCAAAUUCCACUAUCGCAGCAAACACCAGCCACUGUUUGCUGGGAAAGGUUUCUUCAUGUGAGAACCAUAAGAGUGUUGCUGGUGGAGAAUGAUGACUGCACUCGUUAUAUCGUCACUGCGCUUCUUCGUAACUGUAGCUAUGAAGUUGUUGAGGUAGCAAAUGGUGUACAAGCUUGGAAGGUGUUAGAAGAUCUAAACAAUCAUAUUGACAUUGUGUUGACGGAGGUAGUCAUGCCUUACUUAUCUGGUAUAGGACUCUUAUGCAAGAUCUUAAAUCACAAAUCUCGUCGGAACAUCCCUGUCAUUAUGAUGUCAUCUCAUGACUCAAUGGGGCUGGUCUUUAAGUGCUUGUCAAAAGGAGCAGUUGACUUUCUCGUUAAGCCCAUAAGGAAAAACGAGCUUAAGAUCCUUUGGCAACAUGUUUGGAGAAGAUGUCAAAGUUCUAGCGGCAGUGGAAGUGAAAGCGGAACUCAUCAAACUCAAAAGUCCGUGAAAUCAAAGACUAUUGUAAAAUCUGACAACGAUUCAGGACGCAGUGGUGAGAAUGAAAAUGAGAGCAAUGGCCUGAAUGCUAGUGAUGGAAGUAGUGAUGGGAGUGGUGCUCAGAGCUCUUGGACAAAGAAAGCUGUGGAGGUUGAUGAUGACAGUCCACGAGCGGUAUCUCCAUGGGAUCGAGUUGAUAGCACUUGCGCACAAGUGGUACAUUCCAACCCCGAGGUUCCUGGUAAUCACUUGAUCGCAGCACCUGCUGAGAAAGAGACUCAAGAACAGGAUGAAAAUUUUGAAGAUGUCACAAUGGGUAGAGAUUUGGAGAUUAGUAUUCAUGGAAAUUGUGAUCAGCCAAAAGAUGAACCCCUAACCAAAACCACUGGCGUUAUAAGACAGGAUAAUACAUUCGAAAAGAGCUCUACCAAAUGGAAACUGAAAGUUGGAAAAGGGCCAUUGGAUCUCAGUAGUGAAAGCCCUUCAAGUAAACAAAUGCAUGAAGAUGGAGGCUCGGGUUUCAAAGCUAUGUCUAGCCACCUUCAAGAUAACAGAGAACAUGAGGCGCCUAACACACACUGCAAAACUUUAGAUACCAAUGAAGCUGCUAUCAAAAAACCUGAAGAGCAAAUGCACGUUGAACACAGUUCAAAGAGGCAUAGAGGAGCUAAAGAUGAUGAGACAAUAGUCAGAGAUGAUCGCAAUGUGCUUAGGCGUUCAGAGGGUUCAGCUUUCUCUAGGUAUAAUCCAGCCUUAAAUAACAAUAAGCUUUCUAGCGGAAACUUGGGAAGCAAUUCUCGUCAUGAUAAUAAUGGCCAAGAUCUUAUUAAAAGGACUGAAGCGGCAUGUGAUUGUCACUCAAACAUGAACGAGAGUCUCCCUGAUAAUCAUCAUUCACGCGUCGGUAGCAAUAACGUGGAAAUGAGUUCCACAACUGUGAACAACGCUUCCGCAAAGCCUGGAGCUCCAAAAGUAAGCCCAGCAGGAUCUUCAUCAGUAAAGCGCUCACUGUUUCAGCCUCUACCUUGUGAUCAUCACCACUCAUCCUAUAACCCUGUUCACGUCCCUGAGAGGAAGUUACCACCACAAUAUGGAUCGUCAAAUGUGUACAAUGAGGCGGUUGAAGGUAACAACAACAACAACGCAGUGAAUUACAGUGUGAAUGGAAGUGGGUCAGGUAGUGGUCAUGGAAGCAAUGACCCGUAUGGAAGCAGUAAUGGCAUGAAUGCUGGAGGAGUGAAUAUGGGAAGUGAUAAUGGUGCUGGCAAAAGCGGAAGCGGUGAUGGUAGCGGAAGUGGAAGUGGAAGUGGGAACGUAGUAGAUGAGAAUAAGAUCUCUCAAAGAGAAGCUGCUUUGACAAAGUUCCGUCAGAAGAGAAAGGAGAGGUGCUUCAGGAAGAAGGUAAGAUACCAAAGCCGGAAAAAACUAGCGGAACAACGACCUCGUGUCCGUGGCCAGUUCGUCCGAAAAACAGCUACUGCAACGGAUGGUAACGACAUAAAAACGCCAAGGGAUAGCUAACAGGGAAAACUGCUAAACCAACACUUGUCAGCAGAAAAAAAAAAACUUGUAAGGUUCUCAGUAUCUUUGUUGGGAUCGAUCUAUCUAUCAGUCUAUAUAUCACGUGUUUUUAACAAUUUUUAUUUACCCUCAAGUCUGAUUCUUUGAUACUACUACACUAGUAUUCCACGAACACACCGACAGACAAAUUGAUUGUUUGUUAUUUUGUCGUCGUAUGGUGUGGUCUGUGGAUUCAGGACAAAGGAUUUGGUUAAUGAGUUGGAAGGUGUGGUUGUAGAUGUUGUAAACUUUUGUAAAACAAUAACACCAGUGUUUGUAUAAGCUAUAAUGUUUUGGAGCAUAUAUAUUGUAGUUUACUGAUAUUGUCUCCUUUCUUUUGUUUUUCAACAAAUAAUUUCAACUCCAUUUCUCAAAAGGAACACUCUUAUAUUCAAAUGAUUGCAACCGCUAUGAUGAACUAUACGAUUGUUGCGUAUACAAUGAUUCGAGAUUUAGAUUGUAUUAUCAUCUCUGUGUUGUGUUUACUGCUAUAAACUGCGAUGCUAGUGUCUAGUUUCUUGGUCUAGCGACAGAAUCAUAAGAGUAACACUGUUGUUCCGUCGGAACAGAGCAUAUAGAAGCUAGCUGGACGAUCACCUUACAACACUCAACACUGUCUGAAAAGGAUAAAAAUGC